AUAACUAUAAAAUGGGCUAAAAAAAUGGAGGACCGAAAGGAGAUUGAGAAUCUCUCGGCCGAAAAGUUAUUCCAGAAAGAAGUCACUAUAACUUGGGCUUAAAAAAAUGGAGGCCCAAAAGGGGAUUGAGAAAGAAAAAAGAUGAUGGUCCAAUUGAGACCACUCUUUGGGUGUUGAUGAGCCUGAGGAGCACCGGCCUAUAACUAUAAAUUGGGCUUAAAAUGGAGGCCCGAAAGGAGAUUGAGAAUCUCUCGACCGAAAAGUUAUUCCAGAAAGAAGUCACUAUAAAUUGGGCUUAAAAAAAUGGAGGCCCAAAAGGGGAUUGAGAAAGAAAAAAGGUAAUGGUCCAAUUGUGACCACUCUUUGGGUAUUGAUGAGCCUGAGGAGCACCGGCCUGUUAUCCUUCCACUGCAGAGAGCGGGAAGUUUUCGCUGCUCUGUGAAACCAGCCUCACGUGGUGCCCUCCACUCUAGGGACAGCGUGACCUGGGCCUUCGCCCAAGCCACACAGCCCAACUCCCCGCUUGGAGCGGGCAAGCCAGAAACAGCUCCACAGGCCCUACACGAAGAGACAGUCCAAUGUCCCAUCACUUUAAUGCCCCCACUCGGGUUAUAAGCCCACGUUACAGAGCUCGGCGAGCGAAACUGUAAUUUCCAAGCUUAUAAACUGAUUCUCCUUACCUCCCUGCAGCGAUGUGGGACAAAAUAGCAAAACUUCCAAAAAAUAUUUCUUACACCAGAUGGGAGUUCAUUCCCAAACAUUUUUGCCAGAUGGAUAUGUGGUGAAUGAAGGAUUGUUAUGUAUUGAAUCAUCACCGUGAAAUGAAGGUAUCCCAAAAAUUUUGGUUACUGAAAACGGAAGAUUGAGAACAGUACUCAUCAAGUUGAUGAAACAACAAUGGGACUUUCAAAAUUCAAACACUCUCUUGAUUAUUGAGUAAGAGUUGGGGUCAGCGUGGGUUCGACACCCAGCAAGCUUAUUUUAUGAAUAGGCUAUGGAAACUUAACAAGAACUUGUUCAUUCAUACUUCCUGUUGCAACCAUCAUAGAGCGAAAAGGGUGUCGGAAAUUGGAGGAACAAGGAUGUCGAGACUAUGGGCAAGGUUCAAGGGAUUAUUCAGCAAUAGGACUAUGGUGGGAAUGGACAAAGCCGGGAAUCGAUAUUUCGCGGUCACUGAAGAACUUGAUGGUGUGAUGAAAGAGAAAAGGUGGGUGAUGUUCAAAGAUAAAGAGCAGGAACCAACCUCUAUUCCUGUUGAGUGGAUAUGUUGGCUUAAUGGACAACGCAAGAAAGCUCCUACACCUGAGGAAAUGGCUGAGCUGGAGGCAAGGCGUGAACGUGUAAGGCUGAAUGUUGCACUUCUCAAGAAAGAAGAAGAGGAAAGAAAAGCCAGAGAAGCUGCUAGUGGAAAAGUUGGCAGUGCUGGUAAAGUUGCAGGACCAGAUUUGAAGAGCUUUAUCCAACAACUUCCAGUUGCCUCAGAAGUUGAAGGGAAGGAAACUGGGGAAGCAUCUCUUGAAUCCAGUGGCUUCAGUCACAGGAACCCCGCAGAAGCAACUCCAGAGAAGAAAUCCCCCUAUCAAAUUAGACGAAAACAAGAAGAGUAAGUUCUUUUCUUAAUGUCCUAUUCUUCUUUGAAUGCUUGCAAAAUGUGCACAUUGCAUUGCAUGGAUAAGUGGGUAGUGUGUAAACUGUAACGACUAGAUAUCUAAGCAUUUUAGUCUGGAAGGCAUUGAUUCUAUAUAACUGGUUACAGGUCCACCGAGCCAACCGGAUCUGGUGAAUCAUUCAAACCAGGGACUUGGCAACCCCCAACAUAAUUAACAGGCCUUACCAGUGAGAAAGUGUUAAUCUUUGAUGCUGUGACCGAACUCCAGUCCUUGCCUGCUUGAUUUGUGGUUCCGGAUAUAUAUACAAUGAGGAUAUCAUUCAUGAUUUUAUCCAUACAUUUUUGUGCUUCCUGGUAGAAGUUCCUCGAAAUUGCCACACGGGUUAGUUCUCAGAGAAAAUCAUAAGAGUCCCAAACAAUAGUAGUGUUCUUUAUUUUAUUUUAUUUUUGGAACUUGACUUGUAUUACGCUGACAUGGUCUUCUGGUACAAAAUUUUUGUAUUUUGAAUCCGCUGUUGCAAAAACGCCAUUUCUUUUAUGAACAAAAAGACAUCAUUUUCUUUGGCCUUUUAUUUUUUAUUUUUUAUUUUUUGAAGAACCUGCUUUUCUGAAGAAUGCAAAGAUGGAAGCAGAAAAGGAAUCUGUUUUAAAGUGACACUCAAAUUAACGAUACUAAUCAGUAAAAGAUUACGAGUUGCCCCUUGAUCAUUGAGCACACCGAAUAAAAUCUUGAAGAGGAUGGUAGAUAUGCUAUUGUUGAGACUUGAGACGGGAAUUGAAGUCUUGAAAGUUGAAACCAUUUCCAAAAUCUCAAUUUUCUUCCAAGGAGAAGAGUAUUUGAUGGCAGAAGAGUAGCGUCCCUGUCAGCCCGGAAUAUACUGUCCUGUUACUAUAUCACCAUUCCUUUUGAUGACUUCAGAUUUCAUUUCAUCUGAAGAUUCUCCGCUAUUUGAGGUUCUAAACUAUUUAUCUUAAUCAGACCAUGAAGAUAGAUUUACAAAAUUGGAGAUGUGUACUGCAGGAUGUAAUGCAGCUGACACAAUACAGUUAUCCCCCAAUCUCCGAAGCAGACGAUUAUUAUUGAAUUCAACUUCCCUACUUACAUGGGGGACAUCAAAAUCAUACAAAGAAGAAACCACAGUCAACAUGAGACAAUGAUCUGAAUCAAAGGGAUUCCAUCAAAGCUUUUCCUUAAACCUCCCCGAAUUUCAUUGAUUAUAUAUAGAUUAAGAAAAGUCUUAUCUGGAUGAAGCCUUUUCUGAAAGAUACCAGUAGAAAAGGAUUCUAAAGUCUGAAGUUCCACUUAAAUUAGUCUGUAACAAAAAUACUAAUGUAGAGUUUGAAGUUCCACUUAAAUUAGUCUGUCACGAAAAUACUUACGGGUAAAAGAUGCUUCUUCAAAAUAGAUUGAACUUAAAAUCUUGAGAAUCUUGUCUUUCCCAGGGAACAAGGCACCUGCAGCAAUCACCAAUAUGUCUCCCGAUCUUACACUGUGGAAAGAUUCUCCUUCAGCUGAUCUGCAUUGUCCCAUCGCACUCCUCAUCGCAUUGAUUCUUGCCGCUGGCGAAUGACUCCAUUAAUGUCCCAUAAAAUCUGACUAUUCAAAUCAACAGGUACCAGGGCAUCAAGAACCUUAGCUGCUAAAACGCAUCCAUAUAUUUUCAACUUCAUGUGAUCGCUCCCUAGAGUCAAUCCCCCUUCAUUUGCAGUUAUCUACAGAACUCAUAUUCCCUAACAUCAAAACACUUCCCUUUCACACACAACCUCAGCUUUUGCAGAGGUAGCAACGUAUGAUCACUGGGUCAAACUAACUUUAUUAGGAAACAAACUUAAGUGUACAAAAAAGCUUGAACUUACAUACCUAUCCCAGAGAAACAAGGAAGAAAACAUCAUCAGCAAUCAUCUGAGCUUCUUUGCAGUAGGAAUCUAGGUCAGCAUUCGACUGGUUAAGGUUGGCUCCUUUCUGCUCUGCAGCCUGCUGGUGAAAGCUGCAAACAUAGAGACUUAGAACUCACACUGAUGAAGAUGUAAAUGGGCCAAGAAAGCUUCAAUUUGGGUCCUCUUCUUCUUUUUUUUUCUUUCCCCCCCUAAAAUCAAUGAUUUCUGCUUUUCAUUUGAUUAUUUAUCCCUUUGAUCCUGUUUUGUUUUCAAAUGAUGAUGAACAUCCUAAAUUAUAUUGGUUCUAACAUUGACCACAUAUAACGAAAUAAAUAUUCAAUCAAAACGACAUCAAAGUUAUAUUUUCACGCAGAGCAGAACGCAUGUGGAGUUAUCAGAAUGCCAUUCAUUU